UCAUCACAAUCGACCGCACUAUAACGAAGCUGUCCCACCCCAAGCAAGAAGACUUCACCUGCACCGUCUCAGAUCAGAUCACACAGCAAGGAGGAGGAGAUGGCGACGAAGAGGGCAGUGCUGGUUGGCUGCAACUACCCGGGCACCAAGGCGGAACUCAAGGGUUGCAUCAACGACGUGAACCGGAUGCGCCAGUCCCUUGUGGAGCGGUUCGGCUUCGUGGAGGAGGACAUCACCGUCCUCAUCGACACCGACCGCUCCUACACCCAACCCACCGGCGCCAACAUCCGCCGGGCCAUCUCCGACCUCGUUGCCUCCGCCCAUCCCGGCGACUACCUCUUCUUCCACUACAGCGGCCACGGCACCCGCCUCCCUGCCGAGACCGGCGAGGACGACGACACCGGCUACGACGAGUGCAUCGUCCCCUGCGACAUGAAUCUCAUCACCGACGACGACUUCAGAGAGUUUGUGAACAAGGUGCCUCAGGGCUGCCGGCUCACCAUCGUCUCUGAUUCCUGCCACAGCGGCGGCCUCAUCGACAAGGCCAAGGAACAGAUCGGCGAGAGCACCAAGAGCCCCGACCAGGUUGGAUCUGAGUCGGGCUUCGGCUUCCGAUCCUUCCUGAAGCAGACCGUUCACGAGGCAUUCGAGUCCCGGGGGAUCCACCUGCCCCACGAAGGCCACCGCCGCCGCCACGAAGACGCGCACGAUGCCGAACGAGAGUACCGGGAACGAGGCGGCCAGGGCUACUUCAAGAACCGCUCCCUCCCGCUCUCCACCCUCAUCGAGCUCCUGAAGCAGAAGACGGGGAAAGAGGACAUCGACGUGGGGAAGAUCCGGCCCACCCUGUUCGAGGUCUUCGGUGAGGACGCCAGCCCCAAGGUGAAGAAGUUCAUGAAGUUCAUCCUGCACAAGCUGCAUCGGCACGGGGAGGGCGGCGACGGCGGAGAGGGCGGCAGCCUCAUGAGCAUCGUCGGCGGCCUGGCGCAUGAGUUCCUGAUGCAGAAGCUGGAUGACGAGGAGGAGGAGGAGGAGGAGGAAGUGAGGCCGGAGGAGGUGUACGCGAGCGCGGGCAGGAAGGGCCGGGAAGACAAUGGCAUCCUCAUCAGCGGCUGCCAGUCCGACCAGACGUCGGCGGACGCCAACCCGGCGGGUGGCCAGGGCGGAGCUUACGGCGCUCUCAGCAAUGCGAUCCAGACCAUCCUCAGGGAAGCCGACGGCGAGGUCUCGAACCGGAAGGUGGUGCUCCGGGCUCGGAAGAUGCUGGAGAAGCAAGGAUUCACGCAGCGCCCGGGUCUCUACUGCAGUGAUGACCAUGUGGAUGCUGCUUUCAUAUGCGAAGCAUGAGCUGUGUCGUUGAUGACUGUGGAGUGGUGUUGUGUUGUGUUGUGCUCUCUUCUCUCUUUCUUUCCGCCGGUUUAUUGUCUGAAUUGAGUUCCGCAGCUUUUUCUUUGAAGGUGAACUGAAAUGUGGAUUGAUCAUUAAUGGAUUUCCUUCCUCAGCUUUA